GAUCAUGUCGGCCGGCAUCGAAUCGAUAUCGGUCGAGUUUUAUGACAGAUGCAAGCCCACGACGGGAUCCUGCUGUGCUAUAAUAUGUAGUGCCCGUUCCCACGGGCUGUCUCUAUCCGCCUGUCAGACUGCGGGCCGAGCUAUUUCCAGUAUCGCGAUUGCAGGAGAUAACAGCAGCAUCAUUUCAUUUCGUGCCGUCUGUUUAUGUUUGAUAUAGAUAGAACCUAUGGCUCAAUACGCCCCCGUCCACGACCCUAGUUAUGAUAUAAGUCCCGUCACAAACUACGUCCCCCCCGGCGGACAUGAGCAUAGUCCAUAUACUCAGCAAACGCACACCCCGAACACCCAACCCCACCACCAAGGUCUCCCAUCGGAGACUCAAUCUCUAGCCGCCAGCGAUGGCCAGAACCCCAAUGUGGAAUUCCACGAAGUAAACCCCUACUGGAACACCGGCGUGCCCCCCGGGCCAACCCAUCAGCGCGGAUGGAGCGACAGCACCAUCGCAACGGAGAAUAUCUCGCCUGCGUACCAGAAGGCGGGCGUCUUGCGGCAGGGCACCGACCACCCUGUGAAGAAAACCACCGCCGUGUUUUCCGACAGCGGGCCAUGGACGCUGGAGAUAGUCACCAUCCUGAUAGCGUUUGCCGCCGUGGCGUCCAUCAUGGGAGUGCUAGCCCGCUUUAACGGUCAUGCGCUCCCCGAGUGGCCGUAUUACAUCACGCUCAACGCGCUAAUUGCGCUGCUGGCGACGGUGGCGACAGCUACGAUGAGCAUUUCGUUGCAGAACGGACUGAGUCAAUUGAAGUGGAUUCGGUUUAAGGAGGCGAGGGUGCCGUUGGCGGAUAUGGAGACUUUUGAUGAGGCCAGUCGGGGGACUUGGGGGGCGCUUAAGUUGCUUGUUACUAGGCGGGGAGGCGUGCUUGGAUCUUGCGGUGCUCUCAUUGCGAUUGUGGCGCUCGCCCUGAGUCCAUUUGCACAGCAAAUCGUAACCUACCAGACGCGGUCAGUCAUAGUUGACGGCCCUGGGAGUGCAAGUGUCAACCGGGCUCUCAACUAUACCGGCGCGCUUCCUGGGACCACAUCUCCGACCCUUUACGUUCCAAUCCUUCCCCUGAAAUCGGCAGUCUAUAACGGCCUCUUCGCCGAGAACGGCCGCCCCGGCGCUGCACUGGCCUUCGAAUGCCAAACGGGCAACUGCACCUGGGACGCCUACGAGACGCUUGGCGUCUGCUACGAAUGCGUCGACUUGACAGCAUUCAUGUCACGCUACUGCGCCCCGGACGCUGCCGACAAUGACUGCGGCUGGCAGGUUCCCCAGGGCGCCCGCCUCAACAACAGUCUCGACGUCUUCAGCAUGACAUCCCUGAUCCCGUCCGCCGACGGCAACAUGCCCCAUUCCACCAUCAUGAAACUAAUAUUCAUGGGCACCGAGGCUCAGGACGGGCUUGCCGGCGACUUAAAGCCAUGGGCGCAGCAGUGCUCUCUGUCAAGUUGCCUACAGACUCUCGAGACGGCCGUGGUGAACGGUGUCCUAAGUGAGAACAUGACGGGCUCAGUGAUCAAUAAUACGGUCGUCGACUUGACCUCCCUGCCCCAAGACGCAGACAUGGGCUCCUACGUCACCGGAUCCAAUAACUCGACCUAUCUCCUCGGCAAAGAAGCCAUGCUCAGCAUGCGCGGCUGGUUCUACACCCUCUUCGCCAACGGCUCUGCCGUCCGCACAUCCGAAGACUCGAAUAGGACCAUUACCGAUAAUACCGUCGUCGUGAACCUGACGGUGGGUAUCUCCAGCGGCGUCACCUUGUUCGACUCCGACAUCGUCACCGCCUUUUAUUGGAAUUACUACGAGUACGCCGAGCAAGACGGCAUCGCCAUGCUCAUGUCCGACAUGGCAACGUCCAUGACAGUCGCCUUCCGUAGUUUUCUAGGCGCUGCGCCGGUAAAUGGCCGCGCUAUAUCCGUCGAGUCGUAUGUACAUGUGCGGUGGGGGUUUGCGGUGCUGCCUAUUGUGGUGGUGGUGGGCACGGCGGUGUUCUUGGCUGCGGCUAUGUACCGCACGCAUAGGACGAACACGAAGCCGUGGAAGAGCAGUGCGCUGGCGAUGCUGUUUCAUGGAUUGGAUGAGGAUAUGCGGGUCCAGUUUGGGAGCUCGGGGAGCUUGAGUGAUAAGAAACGGCAGGCGAGGGGGGUGAAGGUGCAGUUGGAUGAGAGUGAUGAUGGCAAUAGCAUUUCGCUCAGGGGUUGAGGGAGGGCGGAAUUGAGGCGGCGUAUUUUUGCGGGUUGAAGGAGUAUGUGAUCUGCAUGGCCAAUGACCUUGAGGGUAUAUACAUUCUUGUCGACGCGAUUAUUGUCUUGUAGUCUUUAGGCGGUCGCUACAAAUAUCAUAGAAGAGAAUGGUAACGUAAAAGUAAUAUUCAAGCA